AUAAAUAAGAGGCAGUUGCAGCCUCACACAGGCGUUCACACACAUUCCCAGAGCCCCUCACACCCCACAAGGACGCCUGGGCGCUUCCCACAGCUCCUUCCCACUGCAGCCAAGUGUCAGCCUCGCAAGACUCCAGCACACCCCCAGGGAUUCACCCACGCUCACGCUCAGCUCACUGUCGCUCUGCCUCUGUCCGCCCUCCAUGGCAUUCCGAGCAGGAACACUACUGACCCUCAGCCUGCUGGCUCUCUGCACCUCCCCUGCUCUGGGUGGUGCCAACGAUGCGGAAGAUUGCUGCCUGUCUGUAACUCAGCGCCCCAUCCCAGGGAAUAUCAUCAGAGCCUUUCGCUACCUCCUCAUCAAGGAUGGCUGCAGAGUGCCUGCUGUUGUGUUCACCACACUGAGGGGUCACCAGCUCUGUGCACCCCCAGACCAGCCCUGGGUGGACCGCAUCAUCCGGAGACUGCAGAAGAACUCUGCAAAGAACAAGCGCCACAGCAGUUAGCCCCUGACAGCCCCAGAGAGAGCCUUGUGUCUGAGUGAAGGAAUGUGAUUCACUGCAGUCCUGAGGAACCAAGGAUCAGAAGGGAGGACCAGGCUUCCAGCAGCUCUGCACCAGACCUGACCCAGCAGGUUCAGGACCUGGAGUGUCAAUGGGAGUGUGAGUGUGAGCAAGGGUGAGUGCGGCAGGAGCGCAGCUUCUCCUCCACACCCAGACCACAAUGCUUCCAAUAAAGCCCAGCUGGUACCCAUGGA